UCGGAAUAGAAUUUCCUACCUGUCAAGAGUGGGCUGGCUUCUGUACAAAAACUGCCAGCAGAGAUCAAGGAUUCCUCACACGUAUUCCUGUGUUCGUUCCAAUUAGUCGAUUUACUAGCCACCACAGAACUAUCUAGAACAAUAAAAAUCAUGAGAAAUUCGUUCAAAUACUACGUUAUAUUAUUAUCGCUAUGUUGUUUGCUGCACCUUUCUGAACCGAAGGAUAACGUUAACGGAAAGGCAAAAACUUCGAGGGCACAGAGUAAGAUAUUUGGAAAGCAUCCAAAUGGUGGGCUGAUCUCUUUCGAUUCGGAACAAGAAGAACUUCGUAUUGAUUGGGCUGUGACUAUUCCUUUCCUUUCGAUACCGCUCGAGCAUAAAAUAGGCGAGAAUGGUGAAUUUCCAUCGUUGUUCAACGUUAACACGAAAAGCCUUGGAAUUGUUGGAUUAAUGGCCACCCUGUUUAGCGUAGUUUCGCCAUUAUUCUCGAAAGCGCAUCCACAGUAUAAUUAUCGCUCGGCGGAUAAUGGACGAUGGUUACAUAUAGGGAAUACUAUUAAUGAAAUGAUGUUCAGCAACGAUUACGUGGUUCCGUGCAUGCAACGUAUCGUUUGUUCGAUCGUUUCAGUAGCCGCGAAUUCGGAGAAUCCAACGAGUACUGAUAAAAUAAUCGAUGGAUUAUCAAGUCACAGCUGGUUCAAAGAUGUUACAAAUGGUACGAUCAUUCAAGAUGCAGUGAUUACCGGACGAAAGGGAAAUCAUAAUUGCGCUUACAUUUAUAAGGAUUGUUUAAUAACGCCGAAGCUUUUAAGAACCGUAAUGGACGAGCUUGGGAUAAUGUGACGAUGUAACGCAUACUCUCUAUUACUGCACAAAUACAGGAGGGAA